CAGUGCGGUACGCGGGAGGGCGUUGACACGCAGGAUCAGGCACGAUCUAGAUCUCGUUAGUCAUAGUAAGCGUUUCUUUUGGCCAGGUCACGCUACGGAUUAAAAAUAAGCAAAGAAAGACAUUGGAAAAGUAUUACAACUGGGCAAAUUUAAUAAUGCUGAAGAGAUACGGCGAACCGGUGCACGGAUCUCAUCUCCAGCUGCUUGUCCUGAUUGGACUAGUGGCGUCAGGUGUGCCGUGGGUCAGUGGGAUAACAGCCUACACCUCGAGUGAGCUGGAGGCUGUCAAUGGGACCAGCACCAGACUGAAAUGUACCUUCCAGACUUCGGAGCCCGUCAGCUCAUCCAGUGUGACUGUCUCCUGGACUUUCCGACCGCAGGAUCAAGGUCAGGAAGAAUCGGUGCUGUAUUACCGCGAAAAGGCCUAUCCGGUCGACUCUGGCCGCUUCCACAAGCAGGUGGAGUGGGCUGGAGACAUCAUGCGAAAGGACGCCUCCAUCACACUGCGCGACGUAAAAUUCAGCUAUAACGGCACGUUCACCUGCCGGGUGACGAAUCCCCCGGACGUGCACGGCCGUGCGGGAGAACUGCGCCUCCGCGUGGUUACUUCAGCCUCCGUUUCCGAGAUCGCAAUACUGGCUGCAGCCAUCGGGGGUGGCAUUCUGCUCAUGCUGAUCAUCCUCAUCGCUGUUGUCGCGAUCAAACAUUACCAGAGGAAACACGAAGACAUAGAAGAUCACUGUGCCAGUGAGAAGGGCUCCACCAUGUGUCAACCAGAGGAGGACACACACCUGCAUGUGAUGGAGGAGAAGGCUCAUUUUGAAAGGCCUGAGAGCCGAGCUUCGCCGCCCAGCAUGAAAGACGAGGGGGAGAAGCUCUGUGACAACAGCGUGGUGGUGCUAGAGUGAAGCAUUCCGAAGCUGGAUGUGGCUGCCAUGCUCUUGGCCCGGAACGGAAUGUUCCGGACUUGCACUUUAAAACGCAGUGAUGCGCCAGUGUACCGGCUGGCUGUAACUACUAAGAUUACCCCUAAUAGUAUUGCUGUGCUGCAGAAUUACGAUGGAUGAACUUCACUUACAGCUUUUACCUGUGAACGAAAAAUGGUAAGAGAAAAAUGGCAAAAACAAAAAUUCUACACGUUUUUUUAGAUUUUUUUUUAUUUUUUAUUGAUUGCUGUGUAUGGAAGGCAAAUCUGUGUUUUGCGGAAACCUGGAAUUCCUCACGUUGUGUACAAAGUAGUCGUCGUGUCUCUCGGAACAAGUCCGUGCAGCAUUCCCAAGAACUGUGUGGGAGUAUUUUUGUGUGAGAGAGGUCCCUGCAAUGCCACGCCUUACCAUGCCAGUGCUGGACACUGAAGAUGUGGGUUUUUCCAGCAAAAGAAUAAUCCAUCUUACCCAAGACAUUUUUUUUAUUUCAGUUUCAUGUUGUGAACCUUAGAAAGUAAAUGUGCUCUGCAGUUAUCACAGUGCACAUAUACCCAUGAUUUUACCAUGUCAGAAUAUAUUCCUUAACAAAUGGAGGACAUGACAGCCAGACCUGAAACCCAAGAAGCGGCCAGAGGUCUCACGUCCGUGAACUUCCUCAAACCCUCUUGAGAUUAACAUUUCCUCAUCUGACCUAUUCACUGAGCUACUUGUUUUUACUAUUCGGUAGUUCUUGGAGUAGCUAAAGGUGGUUGUAAUUUUGAGAAAACCACUAAACAAAUAUCUUGCUAACAAUCUUAUUGGAAAAACUUGAUUAUGGUUCUGUUUGUAUACAUUAUACCUGGUAUAUUUUGAAAAGCUUUUAUUUUUUUGUUUUUAAAUAUCGCUUCAUAGUUUUCCAUUUUUUCUUUUUUUAAAAAAUGAAUUAAAAAAAACUUUAAACAAA